UGUUGUUUGUUUGUUUUGUCUCAGUGACAACAGAGGCGGACGGGUCCCCCGUGAUAAACAUGGAGCUGGACCCCAGGAGGAAGACGCUGACCUGGAAAUACCGGGCAAACGUGACCGAGCAAGAAUGCAAGGUGGACACCCCGCCCGGCUCCUCCACCAGGCAACGCCCACAGGUCAAAGGAGACGGCACCUACUUUUGCUGGUUUCCCAACGCCGUGCUGCACAGGGGGGCCACGCUCACCGUCAACGGGAUGGCGGAGGGGACCCCGUUUCGGUCCGCCUUGGAGUUUCACAAUCCAGUGACCUGCUUAGACCUCAAGGUCAAGAGAGGGGCUCCGGGUCCAGGGCCUGGAGAUGCUGGCAAUUUGGUCAAUCAGCAGGAGGACGAGGUCGAGUGUCCCCGUUACGUGGCUGACUCGUCGGGGACGCGCGUGGGCUGUCGAUUCGACGAGCUUGUGGGGUCCCAGCUCACGGACACCUACUUUUUCUUGGUCAACGGGACCAGCGAGGAGGCGGCCGUCCAGUUUACGGACUUCGCCCCGUUCAAAGGCAUCCAGAUCGAAAAGUUUGACCCCCCGGCCAACCUCACGGUCGGCGGGAACGGAUCCCAUCACGUGAUCAGGUGGGACAACCCCAGGCUGCGGUUUGAGGCCUCGAAUAGCAUCUUCUUUUAUGAACUGGACGUCCAGCGAGAGGGCAGUUCCUCCAAGCAAGACUCUGUGUUCCUAAGAGGCAGCGAGGAGAACGUGUACCUGCUGCCCAGUUCGUCCAUGAGAGCCGGGCACACCAUCCGGGCGAGAGUAAAGUUCGUGCACAGUGAGCGGUGGAGUGACUGGACCCCCACCUUGCAUUUCGGCCUCCCAGACCAGGAUGUGGGCGGCUUCCCCGGUGCCCUUUUGGGGAUGGUGGUGGGGGUGGCCGCGUUGGUCAUCACCGUCUUCAUGUUUCUCUGCACGAGGUUCUCCCUGAGACGCAAGCUAUUCCCUCCGGUGCCCCAGGUGAAAAGGGAGGUGGCGGGCACCGGUGUGGCCUUCCCGGAG